AUGAAAUAUGAUCAAAUAAAAAUUCGCCCUUAUUUGUUUGUCCACACAUUUGUUGCUUUUUCUUGUGGAAUUUGGAUGUCAAUAAAUGCUAUUUUGUUUGCAAAUAAAUAUCCUUCAAUUAAAGUUACGGGAAAUAUGAGUGAUCUUUUAAUUUUGGAUAUGCAUAUCCUCCAUUUAUUUAUGAUGUCCCUUUGUUCAUUAAAUGUUAUAAUUUAUUUACUUGUUUGGGUAGUUGUUUAUUUCCAUCAAUCAACAAAUAAUAUUAACGGAGCUCAAUCUGAUAUUCAAUCUCGUCUAUUAAAAUCUCUAAUUCUUAUAUUUUCAAUCGUUAUUGGCGGUUUUGUAUGUGGCACUAUUUUGCGUCCAUUUAUUAAUAUUUUUAUAAUUCUUAAUAAUAUACAAACUUGGUAUGUUAAAGUUUUUGAAGGUAUUUUAACAAAUAUUGGAGCUUCUGCAGAAACUCCUACACUCUAUAUUUUUAGGUUAUAA